ACAAGUCCCAGCAUGCAACGCGACGUGUUGCGCGUGGCAGCUGCGCGUCGAGUCUCAAGUCCGCACUGGUGCAACUGCGAGAGAACCGAGGAGAUUAGGUUAGAUUUCGAUCCUAGUGGCUGCCAUGCAGCCAGCCUGGAGACCUCAUGGCAGGGGCCGUGGGCGGAAGCAGGAAGAUCCAGGAGAAAAAGCGCGAGAAAAGCCUGGAAGUGCUGUAGGAAGAGCAGACAGUACCAAGACGACGGUUCCACUACACCUUGGCGCUUCCAAGUUUGAGGAGAUCCGAAAGUCCAACCAGGCCGCUGCGCAGCGACUGAUGGAGCGCCACACCAACUGCUCCUCUGAGGAUGACGACGACGACGAUGACGACAUUAAGGAGCAUAAUGACGCUCGUGUCCUGGAGUCCACCUUCACUACUUAUACCAGUCACACAGGCGGUGACAUCACAGGCCUGCAAAGAACGGGCCAGUAUGUCAACGAACUCUUCCAGUCCGGCGCGCUCACCUGUCUCAUCUGCAUCGCCUCGGUCAAGCGGACUCAGCCGGUGUGGAGCUGCUCCGGCUGCUACUCCCUCUUCCAUCUUCCGUGCAUCCAAAAGUGGGCCAGGGAUUCUGUGUUCCUGCUCUGCUCGGCCACGGACGAAGACUUUGGCCGCAAGCAACAUCCGUGGCCCUGUCCCAAGUGUCGGGCUGAGUACUCCCACGCCGCCACGCCCACCAGGUACGUGUGUUACUGUGGGAAGCUUGAGGAUCCUCCCGCCGAUCCCUGGUUAGCGCCUCACUCAUGUGGCGCCGUGUGUCAUAAGGAGUUGAAACCUUCCUGUGGACACGCAUGUCUGCUGUUGUGUCAUCCCGGUCCGUGCCCGCCCUGCCCCAAGAUGGUGUCAGUUUCCUGCUUGUGUGGCAAUGCUAAGCCCCUCCCCCGGCGCUGUAGCAACAAGGGCUGGUUAUGCCGGCAACCGUGUGGAAAGUUAUUGCCAUGCCGGCAACACAAGUGUUCCCAGCCGUGCCACUCUGAGUGUUCCCCCUGUCCCAAAUUCAGCGUUCAGAAGUGCGUGUGCGGUCGGCAAAAAGCGGAGAGACCUUGCGCUGACCCCAAGUGGAAGUGCGAACGUAUUUGUGGUGCCGCCCUCUCUUGUGGGAAUCACACCUGUGAGCUUGUGUGCCACGACGGUCGUUGCCCGCCGUGUCCCCGCUCGCUCAGCAGAUCGUGUCCCUGCGGCAAGACCAAGUCCAGCCUGCCGUGCACCGAGGAGGUGUCGCUGUGCGGAGACACGUGUGAGCGCCCCCUAGCUUGCGGGAAGCACACAUGCUCCAGAAGAUGUCACCGUGGGAAUUGUGACACCUGCCGAGAGGAAGUGGAGAAAGAAUGCCGCUGCGGUAAAUACAGAAAGCUGAUGGCGUGUCACAAAGAGUAUUUAUGUGAGUCGAAAUGUUCAAAGAGCAGAAACUGCCAGAAACAUCCAUGUCGAAGGAAGUGUUGCCCCGGCAACUGCCCCCCAUGUGACCAGAUCUGCGGUCGGACUCUGGGAUGUCGCAACCACAAAUGUCCGUCGGUGUGCCACCAAGGAAGUUGCUAUCCUUGUCCGGAGAUGGUGGACGUCCGAUGCUCGUGCGGGUCCACCUACUUGACGGUGCCGUGCGGGCGUGAGCGGAGCACCAAGCCUCCUCGCUGCAAGGAGCUCUGCAGGUCUCCAUCUUCCUGCCACCAUGCCGCCCGAGAGCGCCACCGUUGCCACCCCGGGGCCUGCCCCCCUUGCACGCAGCCCUGCUUGCAACCUCUGGCGGGCUGCCCGCACACGUGCCCGCGGCCCUGCCACGACUGCGUUCUUCUCAAGUCCCAGCAGGCGCAGCUGUCCGGGCCGUGGGAGCAACCGGCAGAACCGGCGUUUGUGACCAAGGCCCUGCCGUGUCCUCCUUGUCAAGUGCCAAUACAAGUCUCCUGUUUUGGAGAACACGAGGUGAGCGCGUUGCCGUGUAGCCGCCAUGACCGCUUCUCCUGCAAGAGGCCUUGCGGGCGACCGCUGCGCUGCGGUAACCACACGUGCGCCAAAGAGUGCCACCUGCUGGACGACAGCAACAAGUGCGAUGACUGCGAGCAGGGUUGCUCCAAGCCUCGGCCACAUCUUUGCCCCCACGCCUGCCCACUUCCCUGUCACAGUGGCGACUGCCCGCCGUGCCACCAGAUGAUUCGGCAGCGCUGCCACUGCAAGAUGAGCGCCAUCUAUGUGGAGUGCAAGAAGAUGACCAUGGCUGACGAGGAAACAAAGAUAGCUUUGGGCUCGUGCAAAAACCAGUGUCCCAAAGAGCUGAGCUGCGGUCAUCGCUGCAAGCAGGUGUGUCACCCUGGGCCCUGUGGGGUCGAAUGUCACCAGAAGGUCAAGCUGCGAUGUCCCUGCAGGAGGAUCAAGAAGGAGUUGGCGUGUGCACUGUCAUCUGCGUGUGUUGUCGAGUGCGACCACAACUGCAUAGAACAACAGAAGAGAGUCAGCGAGCUGAAGAAAGCAGAGGAGAAGGCGGCUGAGGAAGAGGAGCAACGGCGACAUCAGGAGGAGCUCGAGGCAUUCACCAAGCGGCGAGGAGGACGUCGCAUCAAAAAGCGAGGGAGGCGGGAUGAAGAUGAUGAAGAGGAUGGCGGACGGAUUGGGCGAUGGCGAAAGUGUGCUGCGGUAGUCCUCAUCCCGCUGGGUGGUGUCGCACUGUCACUCGCCGCCUACUUGCUUAUGAGAACUGCUUAAGAUGGCGGGGGGGCGUGUUGUCGGCUCACGUGUUCUCAUGUCAUAGGUGGUUGUGUAAUAUCAUGAUUGGGGAAAAAAAACAACCUUUGUUUGACAAAUAAAAGGGUCAGUGUGA